AUGGGAACCAGAGCACCAACAUCCUCCGUCAUCAGGCAGAAGACAGCGGUUAACUUACAAACCCUCACUGAGGAGGAAUUACAUCACCGGGCGGUGGAUCUUCAGCGUCGGCGCCAGAUCGACGAUUUUGAGUCGCUCGGCGCCGCACGACGCGGCGGCGGUUCGGAGCCGGACACGCUCCCCCGGCUUCAGGACGGCGCGUCCUCUCAGAACGUGACGAGGACCCACGCCGGAGUGGGUGAAGGCAGCUCCGGCGCAGCGUGGUCCGCCGAACGUUAUAACUUCAGGACCAAAGACAGCUCCGAGAGAGACGGCUUGCACCCGGAGCACCUGGCCAAGAGGCCGUGCACCAUCAGCCCCAGCCAACGCUUCAGCCCCAGCACGGGUCUGCCCGCUCACCCGACCCCGAACGGCCUCCCCACACACCCUCCCAACGGCCUAGCCCACCCCCCCAAUCCCCCCACAGGCCCCCAGCACUACCGCUUAGAGGACAUGGCCCUGGCGCACCACUACAGAGACGCCUACAGACAUAACGAACACCGGGACACCAGAGACAGGCACCGGCAGACAGCGGUGCACGGUGCACGCCAGGAGGAGGUUAUCGAUCACCGCCUCACAGAUCGGGAGUGGGCAGAGGAGUGGAAGCAUCUUGAUAAUCUGCUCAACUGCAUCAUGGACAUGGUGGAGAAGACGCGUCGCUCCCUGACGGUGCUGCGCCGCUGCCAGGAGGCCGACCGAGAGGAGAUGAACCACUGGAUACGACGUUACAGUGACGUGGAGGAGAUGAAAAAAGGUGGGAGCAACGGACUGCAUCGCCCUCCUCCUCCUCUUCCUCCUCCUCCUCCUCCUCCUCCACACCACAACUCCUCCUCCAACACAGCUAAUAGCAGCGAGUCUCAGCCCAUAGAGAUCCACCGAGACUUCUUACACAGGCCCGCCUCAGGAUACCUGCCUGAAGAGCUCUGGAGGAAAGCUGGUACCACAAGUAUCCCGCUCUCCCCAGCUCUAAAGCACCUCCAGAACAAGCAAGAAGAGGCGGUGAACGAGGUGAAGAGACAGGCGAUGUCAGAGCUGCAGAAGGCGGUGUCGGACGCCGAGAGGAAAGCUCACGAGAUGAUCUCGGCCGAGCGCUCCAAGAUGGAGAGGGCGCUGGCCGAGGCCAAGAGGCAAGCCUCCGAGGACGCGCUGACCGUCAUCAACCAGCAGGAGGACUCUAGUGAAAGCUGCUGGAACUGUGGGCGGAAAGCCAGCGAGACGUGCAGCGGCUGCAACACGGCUCGCUACUGCGGCUCCUUCUGCCAGCACAAAGACUGGGAGAAGCACCACCACGUCUGCGGGCAAGGCCUACAGGGGCUGCCUGGGGGCAGCGGGGUCCCUCUGGGCACCUCCUCCUCUUCCACCUCCUCAGUGUCUUCCAGUGCGCCUCCCACCCACUCGGAGAGCACUCCUCCGGGACCCCUGUCCCUGGCGGGCCAGGCCGGUAUCGGAGGAGCGGCUGGCGGCGGCAGCGGCAGCGUCUCGGCCAGUCCGAAGGAGAGCAGUUCCAGUAGUGCCUCUCGCUCCACCACCCCAGCGACCCCGGCCCUGCUGGACGCCACCUCCCGCUGACCGGCCCGAAACGUUGGGACACCUUCCGGACACUGACGCCCCCAGUGCCCACACCCCAGACAAAACCAAACUGAGGAAUCUUCAUCGCACACUGCACCCCUUCCUCUUUCCCUGCUUCACUGGCUAAUGUACCUUCUGGAUUGGAAAAAGAGUGCCGUUGAGCGUGGCGUGGUUUACACAACGCGUCAACAUCCCCAAAAAGAAAGCUGAGAUUUUCAUUUUCCGUCCCACAGACGUAGUUCCUCUCCUUCAUAACCACACCUACAUGCAAACGGACUCCCCCGUCUGAGUUUCAGUUCAGCACAAACCGUGGAAAGUGCAGUGCCCCCCCCCCUUGUGUUCAGUAACGGAAACAUAUCAGACUUCUUUGCGGAUGAGCUUUGAUAUUACCGUAUGACAAAGAUGUGCCCUCUGUAAUCCGUGCCCGGUAGAUGCUGUCUGCACGGGCUGCUUGCAGAGAACAGAAGAGGACCGUGACUCGGGCGUCACAGUGAAGAGGAAGAUAGCUAGUCUGAUUAGCACUUGCAUAGGAUUUCCCUUUAAUCGAGAACCAAUGAGAGAACGAUGCCCGGCGCCGACAUGCGCACUACCAAACCUCUCGUGGAAGGGGCACUUCCCUACGGAGACAGGCGAGGGACAUAAACGGAGAAGGGAAAGGGGGAAAAUUCUUGGAUGCGAUUUAUUCCUCAGAAACACAACUAAUUAUUUAUCAGACGUUUCUUUUUUUGGCUUUAAGGGGGAAAAAAAAUAAAAAUAAAGAAAAGUCCAAAUAUUCUACAUGAAUAACAAAUAACGAUGAUGCUAUGAAAAUGAAUAAAUUUUAAAACUGUUAACUACCUUGCUAGCGAGCCAAGAAAAUCUACACCGGACUCACCUCUCUGCACCGUUGUGAACCCAAAUGAAUUCAAAGAUGAAAAAACAACCUGAUCCAAACCUUUGUAUUUACACUGCCAAAGUGAGUUAAAUAAGAAAUAAGGAGAAGCACUCAUCUUAUAUAACCAAACGCAAAGCAACGUCACCUCCUCAGCAGAGCGGCCGGCCCCGAGACAGCCAGGCUGCGGAGAUCUUACCCGGUAGGACCCGCUGACAGUCGGGCGGUGAUCUGCUUCGCCCCGCGGCGCCUCCCGCCGUCUGGAUGGAGUCGCGGCAACGCUUCAGCCCAGUAAACAACGCAAUAGACAUUUUGCUGUGAACGCCAUUUCCAGAGACUCCUUUAAAAAAAAAGAAAAAAAAGGAUGGAAACCCUGCCACAGUGCGAUCUUUCCUCUUUUUUUUUGUGAAUGGUAAACAGAGAGGAAGACGAGAAGAAGAGGGGAAGGGAACGGCUUCUUGGCCUCAAAGGGAUGAAGAUGGCAAUGACGCUGCCAAAAAAAAAAAACAACCUCAAAACAAACUUGAAAACUUUGCCCGAGAGAGGGUUGUACAGUACGCAGAGCGAGUACGGAAAGAUUGUUUUUAAGUUGUUUUUCUAGAAAAGCUCCACCAAGAGGAGGCGUUUCGAAGGAUUGCCGUUACCUUUUCAUUCGCUCCCACCUUUUUCCAAAGCAUGAAAAACAGACUAAAGAGCUUCAUGAUGAAUGGCGUAGACUUGCCUCUCCUCUGUCUUUCUACCUCCCUCCC